ACUUCGAAAAAGAUUUCAGUUCUCGAAAGCAGACUAGUACUGUAGUAGUUAUUAGUGUCGCACGCUUGUUCUUCAACAGAUAUUUUAUGUAAAAAUAAAGAUCUAUUGAAUUUGUGACUUGUGUAAAGUGUGACUGCUGCAAUAAAGGUCCAGCCCGUGCGUACAAAAACCAUACUUAAUAAUACUUAAUCAUUUUUGUAUAAUCUAAAAUCCGGAAAAAAGUAAAAUUGUUUGCAAGUUGAACCAAUUAACCUAGAAAUACGAAAAAAAUAUUGAAACAAAGCUCCGAGCAAAAUGAUGUGCGAUCCUCAGACCUCUUUCGACAAGCCCACGCGUGUGGAUGGCACUUCGUACAUUGCCGAGGCCAUCGACAAGAAUGAGUCGCACAACAUUUAUCUUUUGUACUCGCUGAACGAUCAAAGCAGCGGUUCGCUUGCUAAGAGUUUAAAGAUCUUCACACGACACGGCAUCAAUCUGCUGCACAUCGAAUCACGUUCGUCGGUACGUGUGCCCGGUUACGAGUUCUUUGUGGAAUGCGACACCACAUCUGGCGCAGUUGGCAAGGCCAUCGAUGAAUUGCGUGAGGAAUGCAGUUAUUUCAAUAUAAUCUCACGUGAUUACAAGGACAACAGCGCGGCGGUGCCAUGGUUCCCGCGCAGAAUAAGAGAUCUCGAUCGGUUUGCUAAUCAAAUUUUGAGUUAUGGAUCGGAGUUGGAUGCUGAUCAUCCCGGUUUUACCGAUCCCGUUUAUCGUCAGAGGCGGAAGUACUUUGCCGAUAUUGCUUACAACUACAAGCAUGGUGAGCCGUUGCCACGCGUCGAUUAUACCAAAGAAGAGACAGAAACUUGGGGCAUAAUAUUCAGAAACCUAACUAAAUUAUAUAAGACACAUGCUUGUCGUGAAUAUAAUCAUGUGUUUCCAUUGCUGGUGGAUAACUGCGGUUUCAGAGAGGACAAUAUACCACAAUUAGAGGAUGUUUCGAACUUUUUGAAAGAUUGUACUGGCUUCACUUUACGCCCAGUCGCAGGCUUACUUUCUUCACGCGAUUUCCUUGCCGGACUUGCAUUCCGCGUAUUCCACUCUACCCAGUAUAUACGGCAUCCCAGCAAGCCGAUGUAUACACCUGAACCCGAUGUUUGUCACGAACUUAUGGGCCAUGUACCGUUAUUUGCUGAUCCCGCAUUUGCACAGUUUAGUCAGGAAAUCGGGUUAGCAUCUUUGAGCGCACCCGAUGCUUACAUUGAGAAGCUGGCGACUAUCUUCUGGUUCACCGUUGAGUACGGCCUGUGUCGUCAAGAUGGUAAUCUGAAAGCUUACGGUGCUGGUCUACUCUCCUCCUACGGUGAAUUGGAGUAUUGUCUUACCGACAAGCCAGAAUUGCGUGAGUUCGAUCCAGAGGUCACCGGUAGUACUAAAUACCCAAUUACACAAUUCCAAGAAGUAUACUAUGUGUCGGAGAGUUUUGAGAGCGCUAAAGAGAAGACAAUUAAUUUUGCCAACUCCAUACCACGUCCCUUCGGUGUGCGCUACAAUGCCUACACGCAGAGUAUCGAAGUACUGGACUCGAAGAAACAGAUUCGCAAUCUGAUGGACGAUAUCAACUCAGAGUUUCAGAUUCUGCAAAAUGCCGUCGAGAAGUUGAAGUUGUAGACAACAAUAACUGCGCAGAAUAUAGAAUUUUCUAUGCAAAUAUAUUUACAGACGAAUAUAUGGAUUUAUUAGACGAAUACUAAAUAAAAUUUUUGAAAAUA